AUGUAUAAGGACAUAAUCAAGCAGCCGAUCGACACUCUCAAAGUAUGUGUACCCGCAGUUAUAUAUGUUAUCCAGAAUAAUCUACUUUAUGUUGCCGUAUCCAAUCUUCCGGCAGCAACAUACAUGGUUUCUUAUCAACUGAAAAUCCUCACAACCGCACUUUUCACAGUCAUCAUUCUUCGCAGACGACUGUCUCUGGUACAGUGGCUGGCGCUUAUUAUCCUUUUUGGCGGUGUUGCCUUGGUACAACUGGUAAGUGUUCCCACUGUUUCUCCGUUUUUCCAAGCUUCGCUGUUUUAG